AUGACUACCCUGUUCUGGCUAAUCAUCAUUGUGGCUUUGGUUGGGGUUGCAGGAAAUGAAGUUGUGAUCUGGCUUCUGGGGCUCCGAAUACACAGAAAUGCUAUCUCAGUCUCCAUCCUCAACCUGCCUGCAGCUGACAUCAUCGUCCUCUUCAACUACAUUGUUGUCCUACUGAUGCAGAAGAAACACCAGACCCCCAAGUUAGUUCUCCAGAGAGCUCUGGAGGAUGCUCCUGAGGAGGAUGGACAUGGAGGCAGCCUUGAUCAGGAGAACCUGGAGACAUCAGGCAGCAGAGGGGAGCAGGGACGAAGAGCCUGUGCCUGGGCAUCAGAUGUGGCUUUGCAGACCACCAGCGUGAGCUUCUUGGGCAAGAACACAGCCACAGCAACUUUGAGUUCAGAUGUCAACAGAACAAAUGGAAAUUCCUACGACUUCUUUGAAACCUGUCCAGUGGCAAUGAUCCUGUCCUGGCUGAUUCUCAUCAUGGCUGGGGUUGGGGCAACAGGAAAUGCAGUUGUGGUCUGGCUUCUUGGAUUCCGCAUGUGCAGAAAUGCCAUCUCAGUCUACGUCCUCAACUUGGCUGUAGCUGACUUCAUCAUCCUCAACAGCUACUUUAUUCUCCUAGUCUUGGAAAUGAGCUUACGUUUCUUCAAUGUCAUUAUCUUGCAUGUUUCCGUCUAUAUAAUAUUGUGCUCCUAUAUCACUGGCCUGAGCAUGCUCAGUGGCAUCAGCAUGGAGCGCUGCUUGUCAGUCCUGUGUCCAAUUUGGUACCGCUGUCAUAGACCAAGAUACAUGUCAGCCGUCAUCUGUGGGAUUCUCUGGAUCCUGUCUUUGCUCAUCACCACUUUUAAUGUGUACAUUUGUUUUAUACACUCUGCCAACCCCAUCAUUUACUUCCUCAUUGGCUCCUUCAGGCAGCGGAGACACAACACCCUCAAACUGGUUCUCCAGAGGGCUCUGCAGGACACUGCUGAGGAUGGAUAUGGAGACAGCCUCCCUCGGGAGACCCUGGAGGUGUCAGGAAGCACAAUGGAGCAGGGGUGA